AUGGGCAGCAUCAUUGGGUCCUUUACAGCUACAACCAUCACCACCGGGGGAAAAGACAAGGCACGAGGGGAAAUCCUGACCAUACUACAAGACAUCACAAGUAAUAACGUACCCACCACAGUCAUCUUCACAGACGGCUCAGCCCUUGGAAACCCUGGGCCCACUGGUUGCGCCGCAGUUGUGUAUGAAAACUGGGGAUGCUCUGAGCCAUACGCUGUACGCAAACCAGUAGCCAGCAAAUCUAACAACUACGAAGGGGAACUUGAGGGACUACACCUAGCCAUAGACACCAUCACCAGAAGACCGACCACAUCAAACAAGAUACUCCUCCUCUGCGACUGCAAAUCUGCGAUUGAAACAGUGACAGGGGUGCAGCAAGUGGAAGCCUACAACAGCCUGAUAAACACACUCAGAAGCAAACUCAGCAUACUCAAAUCUAAAGGCUACACCAUACAGAUCACCUGGUGCCCAGGACACAUGGGAAUUCCUGGUAACGAAAUUGCAGACAAAGAAGCUAAGCUAGCAGCAGAGGAAGCAAGAAACUGCCAGAACCACACAUCCUGGACAAAACAACAAGCCAUGAAACACAUCGAGUCACAAGCACAUGAGAGAUGGAACAGAAGGACCAAGCUGAACACAAGAAGUGAACACAUGCAGAAAAUCGCCACCAACAUGAAGAAGAAGGGACAAACACUGGGAAGAAGAAACACACAAGUCAUCAUCAACCAGCUGGUGAGCGGCCACACCAGACUUAACUCCUAUCAAAACUGGAUGAACCCUGAAAUCUCACCUAGCUGCGCAAACUGCGGUGCUGUGGAGACCACCAACCACUUCCUGUACCACUGCCCUCGCUAUGAAAAGGAGAGACAACACAUGCUGCUAGAAGUGGAGAACAUAUUUGAGACAUACAACACAGCAGGGGACAGCAGAGACACCGACAUCACCACGCUGGCUGGAAUGAGAGAAGACCUGUCAGAAGGAAUCAACAAACAGAUUACCAGUUUAGAAAAGCCCUCCCUGAAAUCUCAGGAGAAGAAGAAGCAAUCCGUUCCCAUGGCAACCAAGAUCGGCAGUCUGGUGGAGGGGAAGAUCCUCCCAAAGCUGAAGAAAAGACAUCAGCAGCAGCAGAACCAGCAGGGAGGAAAUCCUUGUAACAAAGUGCCCGCAGCUGACCCAGAUGAAAGUGACGACCAGGACAGUAAGCUGAAGUCACUGUCUCAGCAGAAACAACAAGUUAACACACAGCAGCAGCAGGGAGGACAGAAGAUGUCCAGGAGUCAGGUCCGGAGGAUGAAGAGGAGACAGAAAAAAGCUCAGAUGGAGCAACAGGCAGCCGGAACACAAGAGGUGCCAGAGCCAGUGACAGGACAGUUUCCCACUCUGGAGAACCUCCUACAGAGCCCCUCCAAGCUGUCACAGGGAAAAGUGGAAGGCAGUGAACAGAACAAGGACAAAGAUAAGAGUACAGACAAGAAGAACAAUGGCCCCAAACAGUCACCAAGUCACACAGGAAUGAAUAUAAAAGUAGAGACACCAUCACAGAAACAGAAAGCUGGGAACAAGGAAAAAGAGUCUAUUUCUCCAACUAAUUCUUGGGGAAUGAAGGACUCUACAGGCAAGAAAGCGUCCACCCCUUCUACUCAAGUGGGACAGAUGGAACCUCAGACUGGUAAAACAGUAAAUGGAGGAGACAUGAGCUCACCUGUAUCUAAGAAAAAGAAGAUAAAAAAGCAGCAACAAAGUCAAGAGCAGUCUGUAACAGAGUCACCAAAGUCUUCCAAACAAACACCAGAAAAACAGCUAGACUCUGAUCUAAAGUUGUCCAGUCCGAAUGCUGAGGCAAAAUCGAACCAGGCUACUACUCCAAGCCCAGUGAGCAAAAACAAAAGGAAAAGACCCCAUGCUACACUGGAGCAGCCGUCACCAGGUCUUCCAGUUAAUCCUAAGCAACACAGCGCUGAUUCAAACAAAACUACUGAUGCUUUGCUUAAGGGUGACUUGGAACAGGUAGAAGUAACUCAAGAUGAGAGUGGCAACGUGUCAAAGAAAAGGAGAAGGAAAAGACGCAGCAAAUCCAAAGAACCACCUUCUGAAGGCUUGGCAGAGUCUAAGGAAGAUACAGAAGACUCAAAGAAGCCAGUGAAUGUAAUCCAGGUGAAUGUAAUCAUAAGUCCAACAGGUAAUGGAGAACAGGUAGGAAAUACUGAAGGAGAGAUAAGCACACCUGGGGAUGGUAAGAAGAAGAGGAAACAGAGAAAGGCCAAGAAAGUUGUGACACCUGAGAAGCAAGAACCCCAUGCACCUGUUGAACCAUCACCCAAAAAACCCAAACUGCAAAACCAACCUGACCUGUCAGGAGGCGCUGCUAAACAUGCAAUAGAAAAACAAAUGUCCACAUCUUCUGUUUCUCCUACCAGUCCUACUGGUGAAGAAUCUAGUCCAGCUAAAAAGGCAAAGAAGAAGAGAAAGAAUCCUUUGGUUUCAGAACAGGGCAGUGGAAAGAAAACAGCAGAAGAGAACAUUUUGUCAAAUGCAGAAGAGACACCAGCAAAGAAAGAAAGACUUUCUGUAGAGCAGAAUGAAGCUGAUACAGGUGCACAGCCAACAGGUGCCCUGAAAAGGAGGAGGAGGGCAAGAGGGAAAAGAAAAAGAACAACAUCUGAACAGAGUCAGUCUUCAGAGACAGGAGCCAGUACUACAGUUAAGUCUGGCUCAGAGGAGGGUGUUACAGUCAGUUCUGCAAAACUUGAGCACCAGCACCACUUGCCAAGUUCAUGUCCGACCCUCCCUGUCUAA